UCCGCCCACCUACGACUCGUCUCAAACGGACCACACAUUUUCACGGCGCCAUUUUCUUCAUGUGGAAUGACUGCGGGAGCAUGCUGCUUAAAGCUAAACUUGGAGAUGUCCAAAAAUUUGUCAGAAUAACUGAGCCAAAUCUGAAAGACUUUUUGAUUGCAGCAUUUGCAAAGUUUGGUGUCCCAGCUGUAACAGAAGGUGUGAAAAUUGUUGACAGUUCAGGGACUGAAUUGGAUGAUGAUGUUUUUGAGGAUAUUAUAAAGGAUCCCUCAACUGGGGUGCUAACCAUCAAAUAUGACUCAGAAUCUGUCUCCAUGGUGGCCUCUUCUGAGCAAUCCCAACCAUCAUCCCUUGAUACCUUGGACUCUGAGGAUACAGUCAUUAUUUCAGAUAGCCCCUCCAGAAAACGCCAGAGGCUGGAUACAGAAGCCAAGCAAUUGGUGGAAUCAGCUCUUACCAACAAAACCGGUGGGGAACGUAUAAUAAAUGAAUACAACCGAACCAAGUCCUUGACGGAUGAAACAAGACGCAAAAUGGUGAACAUGCUGGCAGCUGACAUGACAGAAAUGAAUGGGAGCAUUAUUAUGAUGGCGAGAGUGGAACUGGGUACUUGGCCUGGAGGAUUAAAACUAUUCAGAGAGGCACCGCCAAAGACAGGCGAUCAUCAUUCGGAGAAUCAGCCAAAGGAUCAACUGGUGAAGACAUGUCUGGAGGACCGACUGUCAGACGAGAAUCCCAGUUUGUUCCAGAGACUGCCCUGA